AUGGCUUCACUAUGCCAAAGUAUACUUGCAACCCAACUUCAAUUUGCAUUCAUUUCUUUUGCUUCAUCUCCUUUCAUUCUUGCCUCUUUUGGAGUGCUUGAUACGUUUGUGACCCAUGUUUGUUCGCUUUCGACCUCUACAACUAUCACUCAGCUUCCAGAGCAUGCUCACCACAGACACCACUUUAGUGAUGACUUGGUUUGUGGACGCCAUUGCUUUGUUUCCUCCAAUACAGGUUUGUAUUACGAUGAUGAUCGAGAGGGAGAAACUGAUCAGAUUCUUCAAGAUGGGCACUCUACUAUGUUCGUGUUUGAAAUGAAAGACGGUUACGACUAUCGUAACCACAUGAACAAUAUGGUUUUUUUCAAUAAAACGGUGAAAAAGCUGCACAAGGAAAUUACCAAAAACAAGAAUGCGACUGAUGAUCAGAUAAAAAUGAUUGCUCAAAUCCAAGCUAAUAAAAGCAUCGCUUGGAUGGAAGGACCUCUCAGAUGGACAGCUUGGGUUGAUCAGUUUGAAGACCUCCUGCAUUAAUACCUUUUAUGCUAUUGUAUAGCUGCUUCACUAUGUAAUUUACAUUUCUGGCUGCUCUUGUGACUUACUCUCCGUGUGAGGCAUGCCUCCGGAGCUGACUUAAUUUUGGAACC